AUGCAACUGACACCGGCAAGAUGCCUCUUUCGUCUCUCCAACAGCCCUGCACGGUUGUGGAACGCUGACGGGCCUCGAAGAACGGGCCUGGCGAGUAGAAUUUUUCGGUGCAAAGUAGGGAUUUCCGGUUACUCGAAUAGCUCAACUGCGAAAGACUUGCGGAAGAAACCAAUAUCGAAACAGUACCGUGAAAUUAUCACAUUGGAUUCCACGAAGAUGCAAUUCUCCGGCCAACGCACGUAUGACAUUUCAGGCUUUAAAGGCCCUCAGUUCACUGCGACACAGCUGAAGACGCCUCAACUUCUCAGCGUUCAGUACAUGAGCGCUCGAAAGUGUGGUCGUAUCCCCUUUCCCCCUGGGUCGACGGGUGUGUUCUACUACCACCCGCCUUCCCACGGUGCGCCAGUCCUCAGCGGCGAGCUGCGCUUCAAGCUAUGCACGGACCUCGCCUUCUUCACGACCUCUUCGGACCUCCAGCUCCCCGAUAAGAAGAGGCCAUGGUCAUUGAACCUCUAUUCGGUGAUAGCAACGCCUAGAUGGAAAGCACUCCGCCAGAUGCUCGUUCAUGAGAGCCUCGUGUCGCCUGCUACGGUUGAGGCGAUUUCCAGUCUACCGCGUGUGAACUACCCGAGAAAUUCACGGAUCUUGUACUCCCUCGAACAGCCGUUCGAAUUCGAUCUAGCCCAAAGAUACACCUCAUUCGUGUUGCUCAACCUCAGUCAUAUUUCGAGGUUCACAAUUUGCGCUCUGCGCGCCGGGAACCAGAGGCGCGACCCAAGCUACACAGGACGUAUCAAGGCACGCUUCGAGCUUUCCACCCUACCCGAACACACUCACAAAGGGCCAACACUUGUUCUGCGCGUUCUCGAGCUGUUGACCCCCCUCGAAUGCCACAUUCCCGGGAAAAUGCUGGAACCCCGCCCUGGUGAACUACUUAGCAGACACGACCACAGCAAGUGCUACGUGUGGUCUUUCCCACUCGAGAAGCGGAGCCUCGCGCCGGCGUUUAGAGACUUCGUUGGCCUGCCUCCGCUACCUGAGGACAAGAUUAAGGGCAAAAUCACCCACAAAUCCCCGCAGUACCUCCUCACCCUUGCCCCGGAGGAAAUGCAAACAAAGGAACAAGUGAUAACUGAUAUGUCGGGACAGCUCAAUAUCACUUUCCGACCACGACUACAGGACGGCGGGGAGAGCCUGGUCCACUUCGGAUACGAAAACAUUUCUGCCGGCCUUAGGCCAUUUCCCCCCAAGACUAAAGGAGUGCUGUAUUAUCAUCGGCCGUCAUCGGGAGAACCUGUUAUGAGCCGUGAACUCCAGUUUCGUGUCUGCGAAGACGUGACAACUUUCCAGGACGGAUCUGACCUGCUAGCACCUAAUGGUGCGGAGCCCUGGAAUAUACCACUGUACCAUGUCAUCAAAUCACGUCGGAUGGAGCUCCUGGUCGAUCUCAUGCUGCAGGAAGGCCUUGUCAAACGGCAGGUUGUGGAUAAGAUCGCGAAAUUGCCCUACAUCAUUAAGGGCUACCGCCCGCUGUACGCCCUUGACUGGCCAUUCGUGGUCAACCUAUCCUCGUGCACGGUUCGUUUCGGCCUCGUCAAUCUCUCCAUGUUCGAGUGUCUUGAUAUUCGUAACACUUUUCGAUUCGGUAUUGCAUGCGUGGCUCCUUAUUCGGGCUUCGUGAAGGCGCGCUUUGAACUCUCGACGCUACCUGAGCAUCAAGGUUCCCAGGUUCUCGUCCUGCGGAUUUUGGAGCUGCUUGAACCAGUGCAACAUCUCGUCCCUGAUGCUGAGGAUAUGAUGCCAGUGCCUCAAGCAGGUUCUCUGUGGUGCAAGAUGGACCGUGGCGGUAAACCCAAAUCGUGGACAUAUGAUCUCGACCAACGUGCGGACGGGGACGCUUUCAAGCAUUUCAUCGUAACAUGCGAGAAGUCUGAAGCAGUAGGAGAUUAG